AUGAUAUCUUGCCCGUUCCCUGGUUCCUUCUGUAUCAACGGUAUAACGCUGAUGAAGUUGACUAUCUAUGCCAUAAUUGCCGGGGAAGAUGAUUUGGAAACAAUCUCCAUUAUAUUUGAGGUCUUCAGACUGUACGGUCAUAACAUGUCUUGUGAUGCCUUCGAUAGAUUCAGAGGUGAAGAUAGUAGGUUCAAGGAGACUCUAGCCAGAGAUGUUAGAGGAAUGCUACAGUUGUUCCAAGUAGCUCAUCUGGGGACACCUUCUGAAGACAUAAUGGACGAAGCGCUGAGUUUCACACGGAACCACUUGGAGUCUUUAGAUGGCCAUAACGCAUCCAGUGCUAUUGCUCCCCAUCUCUUCAAGCAUAUACAAAACGCACUAUACAUACCUCGAUACGGUAACAUAGAAGUACUAGUGGCUAGGGAAUAUAUUUCUUAUUAUGAACAAGAUGAAAGUCACAAUGAGAUCAUUCUCAAGUUUGCAAAGCUUAACUUCAAUUUCUGCCAAUUUCUUUGCAUCCAAGAAAUCGAAACUCUCACCAGAUGGUGGAAGGACUUAGAUCUUGCAUCUAAGUUACCUCACAUUAGGGAUAGAGUUGUGGAGUGCCAUUUUAUGUCUUUAGGAGCAUAUUUCGAGCAGCAAUAUUCACUUGGUAGAAUCAUAGUGGCCAAAAUCACGAUGAUCGUGGUUGUCGUGGAUGACACAUAUGACGCAUAUUUUUAUGAAAAAGUAACCCAUCAUGUAACUCUCUCAAUAUAUAGAGACAACUACAAAGUGGUUAUGGAGGAGUUCAUGAACACACAUGGUCAUGUGCCACGACAAAUUCUUCUGCGAUGCCUCAGCUUUGCACGAAUCUUCGACGUGUUCUACAAGGAGGGUGAUGGAUACUCUGACCCCAAAGGAAAAAUCGAACGCUAUAUGAACUCCUUGUACGUCCAUCCAAUACCGCUUUCAGGUUGA